AUACAAUUACAACCAAAAAAGAAAUAAGAUAGAAAGAAACAGAGAUUGUACCAAAAAAAGAAAAAAAAGAAUCAGAGAGAUAGCGAGCGACGAGGUCAAAGCAAAUCGUGCAAAGAAACCCUAAUUUCUGUUUCUUUCUAUCUUAGGCAAACCCUAAUAAGAUAGAAAUUAGGGUUUCUCAGCAAAUCGUCUCAGGCAAACCCUAAUUUCUCAGCAAAUCGUAAACCCUAAUUUCAUGGCUUCGAGUUCCGUGAAACGGAAAUUGGACGGCGAAUCGUCUCAUUCACGGAAACGGAAAAAGGCCGAGGUCAAACUUGAUGAGAUUUUGGCAACUUUGAAAGAUGCUGACGUUAAGGACGACGCCGCAUACAUGUCAAAGUUGAACAGCUACAGAGAAGCUAUGAAUCUUCUCCUGCUUUCUGAUACUGCAACUCUGAACUUGAUUGUGGAUGAAGGGUUACUAAAUGUAAUAGUAAACCACAUCAAUGGGCCAUCUCCGCUAAUGUGUAGGCUUUGCUGUAAAGCUCUUAUGCGGUUCCAGUCUGAGGAACAUAAACGGCUAAUUUGUGAUACCAAUGUGAUCAAUAACAUCAUGAACGCUCUAAAGAGGAAUCUACUUGUGGAACCCACAACUGAUGUUACCAAAGCAGUUUGCAUAAUGAUGGAUGCAGUUGGCCAUCUUGCUGAUAUCCCAGAAAGCUUUCAGAUAAAUGGUGUGGUUCAAUUAUUUCACAAAUCUUUUGAAAAUUCAGUAAAUAUAAAAGAGAAAGUAUCUGCGUUGCGUGUGCUAGAAAAGCUUUCAUCUCACGAUGCCAAUUCCAAGGAGAUUAUUGCUAUCGCUCCGAAUAUUUUUUUGCCUUUGGUUGAUAUGUUGGUGUGUAAGGAUGAAGAAAUUCAUCGUUCCGUGUUUCGGUUGAUUGUGAAUCUAUUGGUCUUUUCUCCUGAUUUAGUAAAUUGCGAGGGUUUUCCAACGAUCCAGAUAUUUCAACUUGCUAUUAACCUAAUCGGAAAUGUCAAAACCUCCGAAGACACGGUAACUUUGGGACUGAGUGUCAUUUUUCAGAUAAUCAAAAAGACAGGAGAAUAUAAGAGUGUAGCACAGCUUGGACUUAUUCCAUUGUUGAUGCAAACACUUAAAUCUGGUAAUGAAGAGAUCAGACUAUAUACUCUCGGGUUAUUGUGGAUGUUAGGAAAGGAUUUUCUUAACCAAGUAGCAAUCGUAAAAGGUGGCGCCUUAAUGGAAUUUAUCAAUCUUUAUGGCGCAGAAGAUGAGCUUAUGCGAAGAAGAAUCCAUGCGCUUCUCUUUUGUUUGGCCAAGAAUGAGGUUAUCAUAUCAUACUUCGUUACUGAAGGUUGUGUUGAGAAACUUUUGGAACUGCAAGGAGGGGUUUACGGUGAUUUUGUUAGUAUCUCAUACACCUAGACUCAUCGUUUAUACUUCUAUUCCUCAGAUACCUAUAACAACCAAUUUAUCCCACUAAGUGGGGGUCGGCUACAUGGAUCAAAUUACGCCAAUAAAAAUUAAAAAGUGGGGGUCGGCUACAUGAAUUUUGUGAAGAGCAAUGCUGGAAAGGUGCUUCAAAGGCUGCAGUUCUACCACCAUCAUGUGUUGUGGAAAUUGUUGCAUUUGAUGAGAGAAUCAAAAAAGCCAUGCAAUAAGCAUCUUCGACUACGAAUUGCAGUGGCUCUUGCUCACUUUUGCCGACCGAUUGAUUUCAAGCUAAUUUUUAUUGACAGUCUAGGUUUGGAGUUUCUCACUGAAAGCCUUCUUAGUUCUGGACAAACUAAUCAUAUAGCUAUGGCAUUACACAAGUUGGCAAUUAAAGUCUUGCGUGCAAUGAAUGUUCAAGCUCCUCCAACACAUAAUAUCACGGUGGAGAAUGUUUACGCGCAAUUGAAAGCUUCCAUAGUGAAUUCUGACCAUGGAGUUACAGAAGCAUGCAUGUAUUUUGGGUUAAGGAACUUUAGAGAGCUUGCUAUGAGGGAACCAUUUUUUGUUGAAGAGUUAUGUGAAGUGAGCAGAGAUUACUUGGAGCGGUGCAUUUUACAAAUAUAAGAGAAGUUGGUAUUGGAUGAAAGCAAACUCUUGUUUUGUUUUACUUGCAUUUACUAAACAAUUCAUUUGAGAUUAGGUCUAAGGAUUAGUUCUUGAGAUUAUGCCUUUAGUUUUCUAUGAUAAUUAAAAAUUUCUGACUUUUGAAAGUUGCAAUACCAAUUAAAUUUCUGUGAUUAGUAAACUGUAGGAUUUCUUUGAUUAUUA